GUGGCCUUCAAAUACAGUAGGAUGCUAACCCUGCAAGGUCAAUCCCAAUACGAAUUAUAAUGGUAUAAGCUCACACCAUGGUCCUGAACAUGGCAGCUCUCACGGGUCUUCUCCAGCCAAUUCUUCCUCCCGUUACAGAGAUAAUGCAUCCCAAACUGGUAUACAUAUGGGAGCUAUGGGUGGAGAAAGAGGUUCACCACCGCUCUUGGAAAGCAACGGCAACAGCGACAAUGACCAGGAUCCAGAUUGCUCCGCUGUACGGAUUACAAGGACAUCUACCUUCUAAUCUCUUGAAGCCCAAUCAUUGCCAUCAUGAUGCCACACUUACAUCGGUCAUAAUACACGCCAAUCAAUCCCCUGUCAACGACCUUGCGAUUUAUACGUUGGACAAUGGCAGCAAUUUUAUUUUAUUUUUUCUAUAUUCCAAUAAGAAUGUAACGAAUGAAACGAAUAAAUGAAUCUAGACAAAACCCCCAAUCAACGCACAAAUUUUGGCUUUACCCACCAUCACAUGUCAUGAUUCCCCAUCGUCGUCAUUGGCUAGCCUGUUUUCGUCGAUCGCGCUCACCGACGUCAUCGCCGCAACACCAAGCCAUCACCAAGCCAAAUGCCACUUAUCGAAGGCCUCCCCCCCAAUGCAGCUCUCUCACACUCAAAAGAGGAGUGACGAAAACAAGAUUUGUUCUAAAAUCC